CUAAUGAAGACAGACACUUUGUCAGCUGCUUGUGCUGAAAUGGCCUGAAAAUGAAGUCAAGUGAAUACAUUACAUUCCUGAACAGGUUAAGAUCUGUGGAUAUGAAGACUCAUUUACAAUGGACCUGUUGGAUUUGAAAGGAUAGAAGGUGUUGUGAUGGCGUCGCUGGAGGAUGAGCUGUCGUGCCCCGUGUGUCGUGAGCUCUUCAGCGACCCGCUGCUCCUCUGCUGCGGCCACAGCUUCUGCCGCUCCUGCCUGGAGGAGAGCUGGAGGGAGCGGGGGAGAGAGGAGCGGCGCUGCCCCCUCUGCAGACACCAGAACCAGAACUCCAGGGGCUUCGUAGCCCCUAACCUGGCCCUCAAGAACCUCUGUGAGGCCUUCAGUAAGGACAGAGAGCCCACAGAUGACUUAAACAACCUCACAGAUGUGCUGCAGGUGAAUAGAGAGCACCAGCUCCUGGGUCCACGCAGCAGGUCUCAGGGUGUUUGCCCUGAACACUCGCAGAGGCUGCAGCUCUACUGUCAGGACGACGAGCAGCUGGUGUGUGUGGAGUGUGUGUCUCAGCUGCACCACUCACACACCUUCAGCUCCGUCGGCAAGGCCGCGGACCAGCGCAGGGACACCAUCAGAUCCAUAAUGCGGACUCUGGCAGAUCAGCUGGACAUUGAUAAGAUCCUCUGUGGUGAAACUCUUGGCCAUGUUAAGGCCCAGGCAGCAGAGACGGAGACUCAGAUAAAGGAGGAGUUUGAGAAGCUCCACCAGUUCCUGAGGAGAGAGGAGGAGAUGCGGAUAGCAGCCCUGAGGGAGGAGGAGGAGCGGAAGAGAUGGAGGCUGAUGGAGAAGAUCGGAGAGAUGGAUGAAGCCGCGGCGACCCUGGAGAGGAGAGCCGAACUCGUCGAGCUGGAGAUGGGCGCUGAUGAUGUCACCUUCCUACAGACUUACAAGGACAUGGAGCAAAGAGUCAGGGCCAGUGUUUUAGAUCACACGCUGGAUGCAGGAGCCCUGAUUGACGUGUCCAAACACAUGGGGAAUGUCCGAUUCAGGGUCUGGGAGAGGAUGAGGAGGAUCGCUCCAUACUAUCCCGUGGUUCUGGACCCGAACACGGCCCACCGGUUCCUCCACCUGUCGGAGGACCUGAGCCGCGUCUGGGACAGCGGAACCCGCGCCGACGUGCCUGAGAACCCCGAGCGGUUCUACGAGUACGAGGAGGUGCUGGGCUCUGAGGGGUUCUGCUCAGGCCGGCGAGGCUGGGAGGUGGAGGUGGGCGGGGCCGAGAUCUGGAUUGUGGGCGUGGCCGAGGAGUCUUGUGAGAGGAAGGGGAAGUGUAAGACGGUGCCGGAUGAAGGGUUCUGGGUGAUCCACCACAGAGACGGCAGGUAGCAUCAGUGUGUGUGUGGUGUGGGUGUGGGUGUGUGGGUGUGUGUGUGUGUGUGUCGGAUGAAGGGUUCUGGGUGAUCCACCACAGAGACGGCAGGUAGCCUAGAACGCAUCUGUGGGUGUGUGUGGGUGUGUGUGUGUGGGAUGAAGGGUUCUGGGUGAUCCACCACAGAGACGGCAGGUAGCCUAGAAUGCAUCUGUGUGUGUGUGUGUG